AUGUCGCCAACCGGAACCAUUGAUCAGAAACCAGCGAUUCCGGGAUCUUUUGCAAUUGAAGCGUUCGAGCCAUCAUCCACAACUUGGAAAAGGUGGGUGCAACAUCUACAGGGCGCUUUUCUCAUAUUUGGCAUCAAAGAUGAUGCAAGAGUGCCAUACUUGCUUCAUUACGUAGGGCCAACGGCUUUCGAUGUACUUUGCAACAGGCUGGAUCCGGUUAAUUCGUUUUCACAAUCAUACGAUCUGUUGGUUCAAAAGUUACAAGAAUUUUAUGAGCCGGCUCCUUUGGAAAUCACCGAGAAUUACCGUUUUCACCAAAAAAUACAGAAUGACGGAGAGUCAGUUCAGCAAUUCGUAGCGGCUCUUCAUAAGCUAAGCAUUCACUGCAAAUUUGGCAAUUACCUGAAAACAGCGUUGAGUAAUCAGUUUAUGUUCGGGCUUUCGAACAAGAAGACACAAGCGCGGCUUCUUGAGAGCAAGGAUUUGGAUUUCGACGAAGCGGUCAAAGUUGCUAUCACCAUAGAACUAUCGGAAAAGAGUUCUGAGCAAAUGAAAAAAGGUAGCUCAUCGGCUAUGGGUGUCAACUACCUCAAGGCGGGCAAGAAAUUUCACGGCAAGAAUACAGAUAAGAAGCCGAAACCCACUACAAAAAAAUUCUCAAGUCAGAAUUCUUCUAAUUCUCAAGCGAAAAGUGUAGCAAAUACUAAUGUUAAGUGUUUCAGAUGCGGUAAAUCACACUUGGCUAGCAAGUGUACUUUAAGUCGUGAAAUCCGAUGUCAUACUUGUGGGAAACAGAGACAUCUCAGCACCAUCUGCUUCAAGGGUAGUACUUCCACUAAUCAAUUACAGAAAAUUUUGAGUUUAGAACAAAAGAAUCACAGAGAAAAGUUUCUUAUUAAACUAUUGGUAAACGAAAAACCUAUGGAGUUCGAAAUUGACAGCGGAGCUGCUGUUUCAAUUGUAAAUCUAUCUGAUAUAGCUAGUCUAUUUCAGGAACGACUCUUCGUCGUACAGAUCUACAGUCGUAGAAAACCUCUUAUGGGUAGAGAAUGGAUUCGUCAAUUAUUAAAUGAUUUCCUAGCGUGCAAUGCUUCUGUUGAUAAUUUAUCAGUACAGGUUCAUAAUAAGAUACGUACUUUACUGGAUAAGUAUAAAAAUCUGAGCUCACUAGAUUUAUCUGCAAUAAAAGAUUUACAAGCUAAACUAAUUCUCAAAUCGAAUGCUUCUCCCGUGUUUAUCAGAGCACGUCCGAUGCCUUUCAAACUUCCUCCGCUUGUUGAAAAAGAAUUGAAUGCGUUAGAAAACGCAGGCAUUAUUUCAAAAGUCGCAACGUCUAAAUGGGCUACACCCAUUGUUCCAAUAAUUAAAAGUAACGGCCAAGUUCGUAUUUGUGGCGAUUACAAAUCCACGGUUAAUCCUCAACUAUUAAUGGAUGAUCAUUCCUUAUCAACCAUCGACGAACUGUUAGCUAAGCUUACUAAUGGCAAAAUUUUUUCAAAAAUCGAUUUAAAGCAAGCUUAUUUACAAUUAGAAAUAGCUCCCGAUCAUCGUGAAUGUCUGACAAUCAGAACGUGUAAAGGACUUUACCAAGUUAACAGAUUAAUGUACGGUAUUGCGUCCGGUCCCACUAUUUGGCAAAGAGAAAUAGAAAACAUCUUACAAGAAUGUGAGCUUGCUUUCAAAAAAGCUAAAGAAGCUUUCACAAGUGACAAAGUUUUAGUGCAUUUCAAUCCUAAACUUCCGUUAGUUCUUGCCACAGAUGCCAGUUCGUACGGUGUAGGAGCGGUACUCUCUCAUCGCUAUCCGGACGGAUCAGAAUGUGUAAUACAAUUCGCGUCGCAAACACUCUCACCUACGCAACAAAAAUACUCACAAAUUGACAAAGAGGCUUACGCCAUAAUUUACGGAGUUAAGAAAUUCUUCCAAUUUCUUUACGGUAGCAAAUUCACAUUGAGUGUCUACACUCUUCCUAUUUCAGCAGAUAAGAUUGCAUUUGAGACUAGUAAUGAUAAGGAUGUAAAGAACUUAUUUCAAGCAUUGCAUACAGGAAAACUAAUCCAUAAAUCAGACCGUUUCAACAUAGAUCAAAUCGAGUUUAGCUUACAUUCGGGUGUCAUUAUGCGAGGACACCGAGUUGUGAUUCCGAAAUCAUUACAACAGCAAAUAUUAAAAGAACUGCACUCAGGUUAUUUUGGAGUCGUUAAAAUGAAAGAGCUAGCUCGUGGUUACUGUUGGUGGUCCAAAAUAGACGAUGAUAUAGAAAAUGUUAAGAAUUGCGCAAAUUGCAAUGCGAAUAAAAACAAUUUACCUAAAGUUGUAGUACAUCAUUGGCAGCCAUCUGCGACUCCUAUGCAACGCAUUCAUAUGGAUUUUGCGGGUCCUUUCUUAAAGGGGGAAGCUGGUCUAGAGCGCGAAAAAAUGGGCAUAUUUUAUGAAUUUUUUGUGACUCAACAAAAGGAUCAACCGAAAAUCUGUGAAAUAGGUUUUAUAAUAUAG